AUGAAAGAAGAAAAAUUGGAUUUGAUGGAACUUGAAUUUUGAGGAAACAACUUUUUUUUAGGAGUUAUUUUAAUGCUGGUCCUGGAUAAAAUGCCUGUUCUCAUUUGGCUUCUUGGACCCUGCCAAAAUAACUUGCACAAAUAGACUACCAGCCACCACCACCAGCCCCAUCCCCAAACACAUCUUUCCCAAUUCCCAUCAUACCACAAAAAAUCUCUCGUUCAACUCAAAAUCUCUCGAUCAAGUCAAAAUCUCAUCCAUUCUCUCAAUUCAAUUCACUUCUUUAGAAUCAAAAGCUCAAAUCCCAGCAACCCAAUUUCUCUUUCUUCAUUAAAAUUAGGGACUUGAGAUUCGCCACCCAAAGGCACAAAGCUACCAUGGUGGUGUUUGACAAAGAAGCGAGCUCAUCCUCACAAACACUCCCGCCUUUUCCUAGAGAAGACACACCACUUCUAGCCAGACCUCGCAAGCUCUCAUCCCAAGGCAAGACCUUUGCCAACGUCUUCAUAGCCAUAGUGGGUUCAGGCGUGCUGGGUCUUCCGUACACUUUCAAGAAAACCGGAUGGGUCUUCGGCUCUCUCAUGCUCUUCUCUGUGGCUUUCUUCACCUACUACUGUAUGAUGCUCUUAAUUCACACUCGCCGCAAGCUCGAUUCUGUCCAUGGCCUCUCAAAGAUCGCAUCUUUUGGUGACCUGGGCUUCGCUGUGUGUGGCCCAAUUGGACGACUCUCAGUUGACAUCAUGAUCGUGCUUGCUCAGGCUGGUUUCUGUGUGAGCUAUCUAAUUUUUAUAUCAAACACUUUGGCUUUUGUUAUCAACUACUCUGGACCAGAUCGAAUUCUGGGCCUUGCCCCAAAAUCCUUGUACCUUUGGGCUUGUUUUCCAUUUCAGCUGGGAUUGAAUUCGAUUCCUACGCUGACCCAUUUGGCCCCUUUGAGCAUUUUCGCCGAUGUUGUUGAUCUUGGAGCUAUGGGGGUUGUGAUGGUGGAGGAUGUUAUGAUUUUUCUGCAAAAUAGGCCAGCUCUGCAGGCUUUUGGAGGCUUCUCUGUUUUCUUCUAUGGUCUUGGUGUGGCUGUUUAUGCCUUUGAAGGAAUUGGAAUGAUAUUACCAUUGGAAUCAGAGGCUAAAGACAAAGACAAGUUUGGUAAAGUCUUGGCCUUGUGUAUGGCUUUCAUUGCUUUGUUGUAUGGAUCAUUUGGAGUUCUGGGUUACUUUGCUUUUGGUGAAGAGACCAAAGACAUAAUCACCACCAAUUUUGGGCAAGGCUUGGUGAGCACUCUGGUGCAGAUGGGUCUCUGCAUUAACCUCUUCUUCACAUUACCAUUGAUGAUGAACCCUGUUUUCGAAGUGGUGGAGAGAAGGUUCAAUGAUUCUAGGUACUGCCUGUGGCUGAGGUGGGUGAUGGUGUUUGUGGUCAGCUUGGUGGCUCUUUUGGUGCCUAAUUUUGCAGACUUUUUGUCUCUGGUUGGGAGCAGUGUGUGUGUUGCUCUGGGCUUUGUGUUGCCUGCUUUGUUUCAUUUGAUGGUGUUCAAGGAAGAACUGAGUUGGCAUGGGAUGCUUUUGGAUGGGACUUUUGUGGUUCUUGGUGUGGUUAUUGGAGUCUCUGGAACUUGGUCUUCAAUAGCAGCGAUUCUUGCACCCACAGCCUGAUUUGAUUAGGCAGUAGAUCAAGUAAAUUUUGAUUGCUCUCUCUCUCACCAAUUUUAAGGCCUAAUGUGUAGCACUUUUGCAGUUGAUUUGGUGGUUGAGUUCUGAUUUUUCAGUCUUGCAACUUCGAUGGUCAAGCUUUUCAAGUUCAAUUUGAAAAUCAAUCAAAAUUGUGUUAAGAGAUUGGGUGAUAUCAAAGAAGGGUCUAGAAAAAUGUGGAACUUCUCACUUA